AACAUGAAGGCGUCCGGCACUCUGCGAGAGUACAAGGUGAUCGGGCGACUGCUGCCGUCGCCCAAGAACCCCACCCCGCCGCUGUACCGCAUGCGCAUCUUCGCCCCCAACCACGUGGUGGCCAAGUCGCGCUUCUGGUACUUUGUGUCACAACUGAGGAAGAUGAAGAAGGCGUCCGGCGAGACCGUUUAUUGCGGACUGGUCCACGAGAAGACGCCUCUGAAGGUGAAGAACUUUGGCAUCUGGCUGCGUUACGACUCUCGUAGCGGCACCCACAACAUGUACCGCGAGUACAGAGAUCUGACCACCUCCGGAGCCGUCACCCAAUGCUACCGCGACAUGGGCGCUCGACAUCGCGCGCGGGCCCACGCCAUCCAGAUCAUGAAGGUGCAGGUGAUCGCUGCCAACAAGUGUCGCCGACCCGCCAUCAAGCAGUUCCACGACUCCAAAAUCAAGUUCCCGCUGCCGCAUCGCGUCCUGCGCCGCCAGCACAAGCCUCGCUUCACCACCAAGAGACCAAACACUUGCUUCUAA